GCUGGGACCCAGCCCCGCCGAAAGCCAUGAAUCUCUUAUGUUGGAACUGUCGAGGUUUAGGGACGGACUCGACAGUUGGUGAGCUUCGUCAUUUGGUGAAGCGAUAUCGUCCCUCCCUCCUGUUUUUAUCGGAAACUAAAAUGAGGGAUACCAAAGUGAGGAAAUUUAUGUGGUCUCUGGGGUUCCAUGGCUGUUUUGCAGUUAGUAGUGAAGGAAAAAGUGGAGGUUUGGCUUUAUUUUGGGUUCAGGAAUGUAUAGUUUCUCUGAAGCAUUAUUCUCCAAAUAUUAUAGAUGUUACUAUAGGUUCAGAAGCAAAUCAAUUAUGGAGAGCUUCUUUUGUCUAUGGUGAGCUGAGGUCUGAAUUGCGCCAUAAUUUUUGGGAUCUUUUGCGCUUUGUUCGUUCCCAGUGGUCUGGACCUUGGCUCUGUGCCGGGGAUUUUAAUGAAGUCCUGAGCAGCGAUGAACAUCUGAGCAGAGGGGAAAGAGGGGAGCAGCAAAUGAGGUUAUUUAGGGAUUGCCUUGAAGACUGUGAAUUAUCUGAUUUAGGCUUUUCUGGGCCAAAGUACACCUGGAAUAAUAGGCAGGUUGGAAGUGACAAUGUGAAAGUACGCUUAGACAGAGCAGUGGCAAAUGGUCAUUUUAUCCAACUCUUUGAAGAUUAUCAUGUUGAAAAUGUCAUCACAUCAACUUCAGAUCAUUAUGCCAUUCUUGUAUCAAUUAAUCGAGAUUCUCAGUAUAAUGAUAGGAGUUCCUUUGAUAACAAUUUCAAAUAUGAAGCAAUGUGGGCAAGAGCACCAGAUUAUAAUGAUAUUGUUGAAAAGAAAUGGAAAGAGGAUUUUGAGGGGCCUAGAAAUCUCCAAUCAUUUUGGUCAAACCUAAGCAGAAUGGCGACCUCUUUAAAACACUGGAGCUCAAGAACUUUUGGGUCUAUCCGGAAGGAAAUAAAAAAACUUGAACGACAGUUGGCGAUGCUUCGUUCCUCAAGUGCCACACCAGCUUUUUCAGUUGAAGAGAGGAGAAUUGAACGAAAGCUAUGUGACUUAUUUGAAUGUGAAGAAAUUAUGGCUCGCCAACGUUCUAGAGUGGAUUGGCUCCAAGCGGGUGACCGAAACACUUCAUUUUUUCAUGCCAGAGCCUCUGCCAAAAGAAAAACUAAUAGAAUUUCAUAUCUAUUGAGAGAAGAUGGUACAAGGUGUGAAGACAGAGAGGAGCUUAAAGAUGAGGAGAUACGUGAAGCUCUGUUCCAGAUGGGACCGACCAAGGCGCCUGGUCCUGAUGGCUUCCCGGCGUUGUUUUACCAACGCCAUUGGGAUUUUUUACAGGCUGAUAUCUGCACAGCUGUUAGGGAUUUUCUACAAGAUAUGAUGAAGGCUUAUGACCGGGUCGAAUGGAAAUAUCUUCAGGGAGUUUUAAGUAAGAUGGGUUUUGCUGAUGGAUGGAUCCAAACUGUAAUGAAAUGUGUGACAAAGGUGCGAUAUGCUAUACGAGUUAAUGGUGAACUCUCAGAGCAUUUUAUUCCAACAAGGGGAUUGAGGCAAGGAGAUCCCAUCAGUCCAUACCUUUUUCUCUUAUGUGCGGAAGGCCUAUCUUGCUUAAUGAAGAAAAAAGAAGCUGAAGUGAAGGAACAGGCCAACGGAUUAAUUUUCAGAAAUCAUCACUUUUCUUUGGUGACAAAUGUCCGGAACAAGUUAAGGACAGAGUUAAAUCAUAUAUCAAUGUCCGUAAUGUAGUUGUGCAAGCAAAUUAUUUGGGCAUGCCGUCUUGGGUGGGGAGAUCUCCUACAAGCACUUUCAAUUUCUUACCUGAACGUAUGUGGAGGAAAAUAAGAGGCUGGAAUGAUCGCCCCCUUUCAAGGGCUGGUAAGGAGGUUAUGUUUAAAUCAGUCAUUCAAGCAAUCCCAAUAUAUGUUAUGAGCUGUUUCCGCCUGCCAGCUGCAAUUUGUGAUAAGAUGAGGACAACAAUCUCGAAUCAUUGGUGGGGCAUUGAAGAGGGUAAGAAAAAGAUGCACUGGCGUUCAUGGGAAUGGCUGACCGCCCCUAAAGCCAUGGGUGGCAUGGGGUUUCGAGAUAUGCAAAUUUUUAAUCAAGCUAUGUUGGGCAAACAAGCUUGGAGAAUUCUAACUGUUCCUAAUUCGCUUUGUGCGAGAGUGCUCAAAGGGCGCUACUUUCCUUGUUGUUCUUUUUGGGAUGCGUCUCAGCCCCGAAGUUCAUCUUUCACAUGGCGCAGCAUCAUGUAUGAUGGAGCAGCUGGCAGCUGGAAUGAAGAGAUGGUUCGAGCUUGUUUCAAUGAAGAUGAUGCUGAAAAGAUUUUGCAGAUACCUCUGUGCCAUACGCCUUGUGAGGAUUUCCCAGCUUGGCUACACACUAAGUCAGAGGCCGCAGAGGAUCAUGAAGCAACAGUUUUUGCAAUCACAGUAUGGCACAUUUGGGAGUCAAGAAAUGCAGUUAGAAAUGGUGAGAAUAUGAUGCAUCCCCAAUCCAUUGCACAACGAGCAGUAGCUUACAUAGAGAUGUUUCUGUUACACGUGACACAACCAAAAAAUCAAAGGUGUGAGUCUAAUUUCUCUGUAUCUAGAUGGACUCCACCGCCGAUUGGUUGGUUGAUGCUCAAUGUGGAUGCUGCUCUUUUUAAAAAUCCAUCUCGUAUUGGCGUGGGUGUAGUAAUCCGCGAUCACGAUGGGGUUUUCAAAAUGGCCUUUUGCAAGGUGAUGCAUAGGAUUAAAGAUCCUGAGAUGGCUGAAGCUAUGGCAGUCCGAUGUGCUGUUAUUUUUGCGAAGGAAAAAAAUCUUCAACAUAUUGUUGUUGCAUCAGACUGUCAUAAUAUCAUCAAGAAGUUACAAUCACAAAAUCUAGACAGAUCUGAAGUUGGUGCUAUCAUAUGUGAUAUAAAAAACUUAGUAAGAGAGGUUACAUUCUCUUUUAUGUAUAUUCGUCGAAGUUGCAAUGAGGCAGCUCAUGUAAUGGCUAGGCUAGCAGAUCAAUUCUCUGAAUCUGUUUGGUGUAAUGAAGCUCCGGAUGCAAUCCGGGCUAUCCUUUGUAAUGA